AUGGACGCCUCCUCCCUCCGCAUCUCCAAGUUCGAUGGAACUAACUUCCACGCCUGGAAGUUCAAGAUGCAGAUGGUGCUGGAGGAACGGGACCUAUGGGAGGUCGUCAGCGGUGAGAUCAAGGCGGAACAGUGCGAGACUCAGUUGGACCAAGCGACGUACAAGAGGAAGUCAAGAAAGGCGAUGGCAGUGAUCUGUCUAGCCAUGGAAGAUUCCCAGCUACCGUUGGUCCGGUCGGCAAGUGGUGCAUGCGACGCAUGGUCAAGGUUGGAAGACCACUUCGAGAAGAAGAGUCUUGCCAACAAGCUGUUCUUGCGCCGUCGCUUCUUCACGACAAUGAUGGAAGAAGGCGACGAUGUGCUCGAACACAUCAACAAGCUCAAGACGCUGGCGGAACAGCUAGAAGCGGUGGGGGGCUCCAGUCUGCGAGGACGAUCUGGUGAUCACACUCCUCGGCAGCCUGAGUGA